GGGUCACCCGGUCAAAAAGUGUCUGGAAGCAGAUCUGAACCAGGACCUCCGGGGUGCUCUGUCCACCCACUGCGCUACCCAGCAGCCCUGGGAGCUAAAGUCACUUGGAAGGACUCCGGCCAAUUCCUGCCUCACUCCCAUCUCCCAUCUCCCCACCUUUGGCCGGGCUGAACCCCCCACCCGGAGCACUCUCCCUGCCUGGUGCUUUUUAGCCUCGGCCUCACCAGAAGCCUCAGCUUUGUUCACCCUCUCUGGGCGGCUGCCUCGGCGGCUCCGCGGCUCUGGGUUCGGGUCCCAGUCCCGAGCUCCCUUCCAUCUCAGACUGGACGUGCCGCAGACCAGAGUUCGGGGGAGCUCGUGCAGGAGGAAGAGGCAGGUGGCUUGGUGCAGAGCGUCUGGGUGAAGAUCGAAGGAAGGAGCCCCCGCAGGCAGGAAGCUCUGGGCUUUAGUCACAAGCCCGGGUUCAAAUCCUGCCUCUGCCCAGGGCACUCCCCAGGCCUUCUGCUCCCAGGUAGAAUGAUGGGGCUGGCCUCGGAGGUGGUGACUUCCUGCGGAAACCUAUCCCCAGCCAGCUCGUCCGCUCCAGGAGGAGCCUCUGCUUCAUCUUCCCUCAGGGAAGAAUGAGCUUUGGAGAGAACUGGGUGGACAGCCUGGAGGAGGUGCCACACUUCCAUCCAAGUACCAGGAGGAGAGCCGUGGAGAGCUGGGCCCGCGGGCCUUCGGCUGAGCAGGAAAGUCCAGGGAGCAUCCCAGGAAAACGAUGCUGCCAGGCGCCCAGUCAGUGAGCACUUGUGAAACACCUACUGCGUGCCAGCCGGGCCUGAGCCCCGGGGCAGAAGAGGACCCUGGAAAGAAAGAAGAGGCCAAGAGAGGGGGGACCUGGAGGUCUGUGAUGGGCCUCUCGGAGCCUCCUGAAGAGGGGCCUGGGCUUCCCCCGGCUGGGGGGUGAGCUGGAAGGAUGCAGGUAAACUGAGGCUGGUGAUGAGUCCGAGGCGGAGACAGUUCUAGACUGGGGGUGAGGUCAGCCCCGAGUGGGUCACAGUGUAUAUUCUGGGGUGCGCGGCCCCUCUCUGUGUCUCUGCACACCAGGGGAGCCCUGGAAUUCCGUUCGGCAUUCAGGGCCCCCUUCGGACUGUGGGGGCCUGGCCUCCAGCUCGGCCCUCCCUCCUCCUCACUCUCCCAGCACCCUUCCCACAGCCCACCAGCUGAGUGAGAAGGCCAUUCUGGGCCACCUGGGGCACCAUCCCGGCCUCAGCGAGGGUAGAGUCGGGAGCCUCCACUUCCUCAAACAACCCCCUCCCAGAAGGCCUCCAGGCUUGCUAAGAAUGAGGAAGGGCUGGGCAGUGUUGCCAUCGGGCUGCAGGGGGCCAUCCUCCCCAUCAGGGAAGGUAGUGAGCUCCCCAUGGGCAGGUCAGGGAGGAGCCAGGGGCACUGAGAGUGGACUCCAUCCCUGUGCCCAUUUCACAGAUGCGUUCCAGGCAGUGGUAGGGCGAGAGCCCAGCAGGGGCUCACACCGGGAGCUCACUACCUGCACUCUCUGGGGCACGGUGGAGUCCCCCCCUCCCCCCAGCCUUAGGUCCUUUCUGGGCUGGAGCUUGUGGUCCACUGACUUCCCGGAUCCUUUUCAGCCGAUCCCUGCUCCCCUUCUCGGCUGACCUUGGCCUCGGCUGCCGGCGGGGGAUGGGAUCUGGGUCCACAGCCCCGCCCCCCGGCGCAGGCCCCUCCCAGCUGUGCUGGCUCCCGGGAGCGGGGCGCCGAGCCAGAGUCACUCGGAAGCGGAGCCCGCAAGAAGCGGCCAUGGCCAGGCCGGGGGGCCGCGCCGUCUGCCUCAUCCUGCUGGCCGCCGGCCUCCUGGCCGCCAUCAUCGCAGCCGCCUGCACCCUGGGCCGCGCCGCUGCCACGUGCCCCGCCGCCAGCUACCGGACGGCCGCCGUGGCCGCCGACACCCCGCGCUGCUCGGCCAUCGGCAGGGACACCCUGCGGCGCGGCGGCUCCCCGGUGGACGCGGCCAUCGCGGCGCUGCUGUGCACGGCGGUGCUCAACCCGCAGAGCAUGGGGCUGGGGGGCGGGGUCAUCUUCACCGUCUACAAUGGCAGCACAGGGCAGCUCGAGGUGAUCAACGCGCGGGAGACGGUGCCCAGGAGCGCCCCGCGGGGGCUGCAGCAGCGCUGCUCCACCGACCAGCCGCUGGGCCGAGGCGCCUACUGGAUCGGCGUCCCCGGGGAGCUGCGGGGCUACCAGCUGGCGCACCAGCGCCACGGCCGCCUGCCCUGGGCCCAGCUCUUCCAGCCCACCAUCCGCCUCCUCCGGGAAGGCCUCCGGGUGCCCCGGGUCCUGAGCCUCUUCCUCAACAGCUUCCUGUCUCCGGCCAUCCGCGGCUCCUCCCUGGGCCGCCUCUUCUUCAACGGGAGCCGCCCCCUGGCGGAAGGCGAGCCGCUGCCCUGGCCCGAGCUGGCGCGCACCCUGGAGACGGUGGCCGAGAAGGGCGCCGACGAGCUGUACACCGGGGCGCUGGCCGAGAGCCUCCUGGCUGACCUCGGGGGGGAAGGCGGCACACUCACCAGGGAGGACCUGGCGGGCUUCCAGGCGGAGGUGGCCGAGCCCCUGACUGUGAGCCUUGGGAACUACACCCUGUACACGCCCCCGCCGCCCGCCGGAGGCGCCCUCCUGGGCUUUGUCCUCAACGUGCUCCGAGGCUUCCGCUUCUCCCCGGACGGGAAGGUGGACACGUACCACCGCGUGGUGGAGACCCUCAAGUUCGCCAGUGGGCUCAAGUGGGCCCUCCGGGACCCUCGGAGCCACCCUGAACCCCUGGGCGGCCGCCUGGACCUGCUGAGCGAGGAGCUGGCGCAGAGGGUCCGGGCCCUCAUCGGGCCCCGGGGAGACCGGCCGGCCGCCCACUACAACGUCAGCCUGCCGGGCGCCGGCGGCCAGGAGACGGGCACCUCCCACGUGGCCGUGCUGGGCCCCGACGGCAGCGCCGUGUCCGCCACCAGCACCAUCAACACCCCGUUCGGCUCCAUGGUGUAUUCCCCGAGGACUGGGCUGAUUCUCAACAACCAGCUCCUGGACCUGUGCUGGAGGACGAGGCCAGACUCCGGCGAGCUGCUGGACCCAGCUCCAGGGGAGCGGCCCCCCUCCCUGAUGGUGCCGUCCAUCCUCCUCUCCCAAGACCGGAAGGCCAAGCUGGUGAUCGGGGGCUCCGGAGGGGAGAUGAUCCUUCCGGCCACAGCCCUGGCCAUCAUGAACAACCUGUGGUUUGGGCUGGACCUUCACGAAGCCAUCAAGGCGAAGAUCCUCCACGUGCGGCCCACAAUGGAGGUCCUCUUCGAGCCCGACUUCGCCCAGGUGAGGCUCCGGCCCCUCCCCGGGCCUCGACUUCCCUGCCAGGGCCCGGGCCUCAGCCUCACCUGGGCCUUUCCUGCCUGCUGCCUUCUGCUGCAGGAGGUCCAGGACGGGCUCGUUAGCCGGGGACAUCAGCGGCAGGAAACCAAGUUCUGGCUGAACGUGGUCCAGGCGGUGGCCCAGGAUGCCAGGGGCUGCAUCUACGCCGAAUCAGAUGAGAGGAAGCUGGGGGAGGCAGCUGGCUACUAGGCCAGAGCCGGGCCCUGGGAAGCGGGAGGGAGGCCACUGUAGCCAGAGGCAGUGGCGGCUCUCCCUGGCUCGGCCUCCCAGUCUUCCUUGUUCCUUCCUCGCUGUCCCUGGGCCUGGGGGCUGGGACGAGCCAGCAGCCAAGGCCCAGGAAGGAGCGAGCUCUGCCCGUGGCCCUGGCCUCUUCCUCCUCUGGGUUCAGGCAGGGCCUGAAGGCUGGGAGACCCCCACAGGCUGUGGAGCCACCACAAUAAUAAGUCCACGUUUCUGCGGUGCUUACUGCAGGCAAGACACAAAUCUCCACUCACUUCACUUGACCCCGGAGGCCGGCUCAAUUCUCUCCCAUUUCCCAGAUGAGGAAACCCAGGUGGAAUGACUGGCCCAGGGUCACACAGCCCCAUCGCUGCCACCUAAUUGCCUCUAGGCUCCCCUCCAAAAGCAUCUCCUUGCACUUGCAUCUAUCCACUGUUCCUGAGACUCUCCACCCCAGAACCCCGUGGGGUAUGCCUGCUCUUGGCCCAAAUUGGCCCUCAGCAAUUCUCAUGGAGCUCAUUGUCCAAGUGGGCCCAGUUAAUAAAGAUUGCCAAGAAUUACA